AUGAAGAGGAAAUAUUUGUGUGGGCACAAUCGCCCCCUGACGCAUGUGAACACGAAUUAUGAUGGGGACUUACUGUUUACCACAGGCAGGGAUAAAAAAUUCAUUCUGUGGAGGUUGGCCGAUGGGAAUCAAAUAGGACUUUACGAGUGCAGCGGUGCUGUGUACAACUCCGACGUGACGUACGACAGCAAGCGCAUCGUGUGCUCCUCUGCCGCGAACAAGGUAUACAUAUUUGAUGUGUACACGGGGGAAACGCUCACUGUGAUAGAGGAAAGUGGUCCAGUGCGGUUCGUGGAGUUUAACAAGAAUCCAAUGGACCAGAGCAAAAUAAUUGUUGCCACGGAUAGACUGAAGGUGGAACACAAGCGAUUCAUCAAGUUAUAUGAUUUAAGGAACAAUGAGGUGAUAUGGAAGCAGGAGUACGAAAGUAGGUGUAUCCAAGUCAGGUGGUGUUUUUUCGAUAAACUUAUUUUGUCAGCACACGAAAAUGGGGAGAUUAUCAUCUGGAAUGCCGAGGAUGGACAUCAGAUAAGAAAAAUACAGGCUCAUUCAAAGGAGGUUACAAAUAUGGCAUUCGACAAGGAAAGGAUGAUUAUGCUGACAUCCUCUUCUGAUGGAACAGCCACGUUAUGGGAUGCAAUAAAUUUUGAGGUUAUCAAUCAGUAUACAACGGACAGGCCACUAAACACCUGUGAUAUUUCUCCUCUAUUUAAGAAUGAAAACAACCCCAAAAAUCACAUAAUUUUAGCAGGUGGUCAAGCCGCAGAAUAUGUUACAACGACUGCUUCGGGGGAGGGAAAAUUUCAGACGCUUCUGUACGACAUCGUCCACGCAAACGAGCUCGGAAGUAUCAAGGGCCACUUCGGAACUGUGCACUCCAUAAAAUUUCUCCCACAUGGAGAUGGGUUUGUGUCCGGGGGUGAGGAUGGUUUCGCAAGGAUUUAUCAUUUCGAUAAGGACUACUUUAUUGGAAAGUACGACUAG